AUGGGCACCCCAACGCCCAACGCAACUCUCCUGGCGAACCCCCAUCUCUGCACCCUCGACACAUGCCCAAUAGAACUGGCCACCGUGCGCUACGUGCCUAAUUUCGGCGGAAAUGUUUUCUUCGUUGUACUGUUUGCCCUCGCCCUUAUUAUCCAGUUAUCCUUCGGCACCAAAGCCAAAACAUGGAGCUACAUGAUUGCUAUGCUGGGUGGUCUGAUUCUCGAAAUCAUAGGAUAUAUAGCCCGUAUUCAAAUGCACUAUAACCCCUUCAAGGCCGACCCUUUUCUAAUGUACCUCGUCUGCCUAACUCUCGGCCCCGCCUUCCUCUCUGCAGCAAUCUACCUCUGUCUCUCACGCCUCGUGAUCGCCUACGGCGAGAAAAUCUCCUUCCUGCGCGCCCGCACCUACACCAUUCUCUUCAUCACAUGUGAUUUUGUCGCUCUAGUUCUCCAGGCCGUCGGUGGCGCGAUCGCCUGCAUCGCAGAUACCAAGGACGUGGCCAAACUCGGCACUAAUAUCAUGGUCACGGGCGUAUCAUGGCAAGUCUUCAGCCUGUUUCUGUUCACGGUGCUGUGUGCGGAUUUCGCGGUCCGGGUGCGACGCGCCCCGGAGUAUGAGUUCAAUGUCUACUUUGAGGGGCUGAGGGCAACGGCCUCGUUUCGGUGGUUCCUGGUGGGGUUGGCGGUCGCGACAUUUACGAUUAUUGUCAGAUCUGUGUUUCGGUGUGCGGAGUUGUCCGCGGGGCUUGGUGGGGAUUUGGCGAAUGAUGAAGUUACGUUUAUGGUGUUGGAGGGGGCGAUGAUUGCUAUUGCGGUUAUUGCGUUGACGGUGUUGCACCCUGGCUGA